AUGGCCCACUCCAUCCACGGCACCCUCAUCCACUCCCUCACCCCAACGACCCUUCAAAUCCUCCCCUCCACCCUCCUCAUCAUCUCCCCCACGGGCCUGAUCCUCUCAAUUCACCCCUCGACACCCCCAUCAUCCAUCCCCUCCCUGCUCACCCCCCACAACCUAACGCCCUCAACCUGUCCCACCCUCACCCUCUCGCCAACCCAAUUCCUCCUCCCAGGAUUCAUCGACACCCACACCCACGCCCCUCAACACUCCCAACGCGGUCUCGGCCGCGGCCUCCCCCUACUCACAUGGCUCGAGACACUCACGUUCCCGAACGAGGCGAAAUGCGCGGACCCCGUCUACGCUUCUUCCCUAUACACCUCAUGUGUCCGAGCGGGUCUGAAGCAGGGUAUCACGACGGCUUGUUAUUACGCGUCAUUGCAUCAAGACGCGUCGGUGGUUCUUGCGAGAACGUGUAUUCGGGAGGGACAGCGCGCGUUGAUCGGGAGGUGUAAUAUGGAUCGGAAUGCGCCGGAUUGGUAUGUUGAGUCUAAUGGGGUGGAGGGGAGUUUGAGGGCUACGGAGGAGUUUUUGGAGGAGGUUCUUGCUCUGGAGCAGGAUCCUGAUCAUGGUGUGAGUGAUGGGGAUGCGAAUAAGGAUGGGAUUAGGAAGGGGCUUGUUACGCCGGUUAUUACCCCUCGGUUUGCCAUCUCCUGCACGGAUGAAUUGCUCCGGGGACUUGGGGAGCUGGUAAAGCGGUAUCCGAACCUGCCAGUACAGACGCAUUUCAACGAGAGUCCCGAGGAAGUGGAGUUCACAGCCCAGUUAUUCCCCCGCUUCAACUCAGAAACGGAACUAUACGAAUCGUUCAACCUGCUCAACGAACGAAGUAUCCUGGCUCAUGCGAUCUACCUGAAGGACGGGGAGAUGGAACGACUGAAAGAGCUGGACUGUGGAAUCGCGCAUUGUCCCGUGUCGAAUACUUGUAUGGAUCGGUUUAUGGUGGCUCCUGUGCGGGAGUAUUUGGAGAGGGGGGUCAAGGUGGGAUUAGGGACGGAUUGUGGCGGUGGGUUUACGAAUAGCAUGUUGGAGGUUAUGAGGCAGGCUUAUCUGGUUAGUGUUGCUGGGAAGACGUUCCUGGGUCAGGGGGGUGAUGGAGGGAGGACGGCGUUGAGUACCGAGGAGGGUUUCUAUAUGGCGACGUUGGGAGGGGCCAGGGUUGCUGGGUUGGAUGGGAAGGUUGGGAACUUUCAGCCAGGGAAGGAGUUGGAUGCUUGUUUGGUGGAUGUGAGCGUUGAUGGGGUCAUGGCAGAUGUUGACGAGGAUGAGGAUAUCAGGAGUGUGUUCGAGAAGUUCAUUAUGACUGGGGAUGAUCGCAAUAUUACGGGUGUUUGGGUCAAGGGAAGGAGAGUCAAAGGAUAG